AGUAGCGUCCUUGUAGUAAUAAUUCCCAUUCUCGUUCUGUUUUUAGUGUUUUCUAAUUGUUUACUUACAUACAAAUCAGUUCUUUUCAGAACUAAUUACUUGUUGAAAUUAACAACUGUGUGGAAAACUUGUUGUUUAACAAUGGUUUUCACACCCGAACAGGAUGCUUUCAUUCUGGUGGCUCACUUUCGAAGUGGAACCCGAAACCCAGACGGAACCUGGUCUUAUUCACUGCAGUCGUGUAUUGACCAAUUUACGGAAGCCUUUCCAGAUGCCAAUGUUGGGUAUCAAACAUUUGCAAAUCAUAAGGGGGUCCUUGUUCAUCGUUUUGAGACUAAAAAUUGUAUUUGCAAAGGAAAGACAACUGGCAGAAAAACUGUUUUGACUGAAGAAGUUACAGAAGACAUCCAGCAUCGGUUAGAACAAAGUCCAAAUAAAUCUAUACGAAAAUUAUCAGCACAGACAGGUCUUUCAGUCGGAAGUUGCCAUAAAGCACUACAGAAAGUUCUGCACAUGCACCCGUAUAAAGUUUCAGUCGUCCAUGAAUUACUUCCACCAGAUUUUGAGCGAAGAAUAAAUAAUUGCCAAUGGUUUAAUAAUAAUUUAAAUGAUGAUGCCUUAUUAGGCUUAACAUUUUUCACUGAUGAGGCAUGGUUUCAUUUGAGUGGAUACGUGAAUAGUCAAAAUUAUAGAACAUGGGCUACUGAGAAUCCUCAUAGUUUUGUAGAAACUAGUUUGCAUCCCAUAGAAGUUGGAGUUUGGGUAGCCAUUUCAAGAAGAAGAAUUAUAGGACCGAUUUUUUUUCACGAUACGGUGAAUGCUGAAAGAUAUCGCACUAAUAUUCUACAACCCUUUUUUGAACAACUGCAUGAUGACGAAUGCCAGUAUGGUUACUUUCAGCAAGACGGAGCGACGGCACAUACAGCAGGAAGCACACUUCGUUUCUUGCAGGAAGUUUAUGACGAUCGAAUUAUAAGUCAAGGACUGUGGCCCCCAAGAUCGCCAGAUCUCACCGCGCCGGAUUUUUUUUUGUUUGGUCAUUUGAAGAACAAUGUUUUCAAAAAUAGGUUGCAUACCAUUGAUGAGCUGCAACAACCAAUAACCCAUGAAAUUGAAAAUAUAACUCCUUACACUCUUCAACGAGUAUUUGAUAAUAUGAAAAGAAGAGUUAAUAUGUGUAUUGCUAACGAAGGAAAUCAUUUUCAACAUUUAUUAGUCAAAGCCUGUUUUGUUGUCAAAACUCAAAACAUCAUUUUGUUGUUUAUUGCAAUACAGGUUUAUUUACAAUACCAACUACACAGUGAUAAUACAGCCCAAGGUUGUAAGUGUAUGUCCACGUGGAGGUCUUUGAAGAGGAGAGGACGUCUGCACACGGGGAGUAGUCGGAGAAGAAGAGACAGUUUUUUUGCUCUACGUUUCGGCUAUGGCGUUUCCUCUUUGGGCUUGCGCGUUGUAACUGCCAAUCCGGUGGCUGCAUUCUGUGUGUAUAACUGGUUGCAUACUUCCAGGCGGCCACAGUAG